GAAUAUGAUCAAAGUUUGUUAGACGAGGCAAUCUCGGAAUGAUGACUUGUUAUCAUUAAGUUUAAUGACUUUUAUAGAGCUCGCAAGACAAGUUCGAUAAACCGAGCCGCCAUGUAAGCCAGCUAAUUGUAUGAAUAAUCCUGGAUACAGUUCUGUGAUCUAUACCUUUUAAAAAUUGGCACAAGCUGAUUAGGAAAACUGGCAGUAAUGGAUUAUGUAGUAAAGGCUCAUCAUAUGAAGCUAACCCCAUAUUGGAUAUCACUGGUAAAGACAGCACACAAUCAAAGGGCCUUUACGGAUGUGUCAUGUCAACAUUUAUACAAUACAAUAGGCGAUGGCGUCGCUGUGCACCUCGCGCUAGUUUAUUUCGACAGACGCGCAGAGGAUGUGUCAGUAAAGAGCUGGUAUUGAUUAUAUAAACUACAUUUUAUAAAUGUGCUUUGCUAUUUACAAUACUAACACUUUUUGAACUCGAGCACAUCACAAAUUGUAAUUGUCCUGUAUGUAAU